GGGUUUUCAAUACCAUGUUCACUGCUAAAUAUCUACUGAAGAGCAAUUUCACUCUUGUACAGUCUUACAAACUUCCAUUGUCCUCUUUAAAAAUGUUGCUUUUGGGUUUUGUAGCAUUUGUCUUACUGUCAAUUGAUAAUGUUGAAACCUUAACACUGACAACAAGAAUUGGUUUGGUAGACUACAAAGUGUAUAAUGUGUUUGAUUUGAGCCACACCUAUGUCACCUCUUGACUUUUAUUUUGAUUCAUUCUCACGAACUAACAGAGACCUUUGUGAUACUUAACUUUUCAAACUGAUGGUUUAAAACUGUAUCUCCAGCCUCUAUGAUGGAUUCAGAUUCAAAAGCCGUGCUGGAAGCACAAAAGCUGCCACAACCACAGCUUCAAAUAUAUUCCAACUCAAAUGGUGAAAUCUCCCCAUUCUGGAGAGAGAAGUAUGAAAGAGAAGCAAAGAAGUACUGGGAUAUAUUCUACAAACGCCAUCAAGAUAAAUUUUUCAAGGAUCGGCAUUACUUGGACAAGGAAUGGGGACAAUACUUUUCUGGUACUGGAAAAAAAGUCAUCCUAGAGGUUGGUUGUGGGGCUGGAAACACUAUCUUUCCUUUGGCUGCGUUGUAUCCAGAAAUCUUUGUUCAUGCAUGUGAUUUUUCUCCACGUGCAGUGAAUUUGGUUAAGACACAUAAGGAGUUCACUGAGUCCCGAAUCAAUGCUUUUGUAUGUGACUUAACACUUGAUGACCUGAGUGAGCGGAUAUCCCCGUCUUCAGUUGAUGUUGUAACAAUGAUAUUUGUGCUAUCUGCAGUAUCCCCUGACAAGAUGCAAAUAGCACUACAAAAUAUCAGAAAAGUUCUCAAGCCAAAUGGUAAACUGUUGUUUAGAGACUAUGCAACGGGGGACCUUGCGCAGGAAAGAUUGUCUUGCAAGGAACAGAAGAUCAGCGAAAAUUUCUAUGUUAGGGGCGACGGCACGAGGGCUUUCUACUUCUCCGACGAGUAUUUGACAAAUUUAUUCAGAGAAAAUGGUUUUGAAACUGAAGAACAUGUGUUAUGCUGCAAACAAGUGGAGAACCGCUCAAGAGAGAUUGUAAUGAAUAGGCGUUGGGUCCAAGCUGUAUUCCGCCUGAUUGCUGAUGAAACUGCAACUGAUGAAAAGAGGGAUAGCAUUAGACCUCAGGUCAAGGAUAUCACUCCAAAAUCUGUUUCCAAUGAGCUUGAAGUGGACAUGUCAGAGGGGAUGGCUUCUGAAAUUUUUGGAACUCUCUCUUCCAGUGAUGAGAUUAUUGAUGUUAUUGUGAGAGAUCAACGUUUCAUGAUAAAAAUGCUUUCCAAAGAGUACCAACAUACAUGCAAAUCAACCGGGCUGAUGCUAUGGGAAUCGGCUCGCCUUAUGGCUUCAGUUCUUGCCGCAAAUCAAAGCAUUGUAGCAGGGAAAAGGGUAUUAGAGCUUGGAUGUGGCUGUGCAGGGAUUUGCUCAAUGAUUGCUUCUGAAUCUGCGGAUCUCGUGGUAGCAACUGAUGGAGAUGAAAAGGCACUAGACUUGUUGAAUCAAAAUGUUGCUUCAAAUGUCAAAGCAACAUCUCAGGUUAAUUUAGUCAUAAAGAAGCUGGAGUGGGGUAACCGAGAAGAUAUACAAAGCAUCAAGGAGCUGAACGAUAAGGGAUUUGAGGUUAUAAUCGGCACUGAUGUCACAUACAUCCCUGAAGCUAUAUCACCAUUGUUUGCUACAGCUGCUGAACUAAUCGCUUCUAGCCAAUGUAACAAAGAAGGUCCACGAGCGGCUUUUAUUCUCUGCCAUGUCUUCCGCAGAGUGGAUGAACCAUCUCUCCUCACAGCAGCCGCACAAUUUGGUUUCACAUUAGUUGAUAGGUGGCCUAAGCAAAACCAAACAAGCUCACCAAGUAUCAUUAGCAGUUGGUUUUCAGAAGAUGGCAGUGAAGACAGCAUUCCUACCAAGGCUCUCCAUAUUUUGUAUUUCACCAGAAAGUGA